AUGCGACGGCAGCUGCGAGACUUUCCCAGACUAAUAUGUCUGCUGGCAGCCCUAAGGCCAUUUAAUACGAACGCUCAGCUAUACUACCCAAGUCCUCAGUCUGUGCCAUUGCCCCCCACGAAGGCAUCGGAUGCAGCUCCAGGAGUUCCCCGACUCCUGAUAUACAACCCCUUCAGUGGACAACCGCUGGAGCCACUGCGUUACUCGGCUCUUUUGCGGAGCGGCAGGCGCCCACCCGUGAAUGGCAACAUUGUGGAGUUGCCCCAGCUGUGGCAGCCGUGCUCCUGCGCAGAGUUUGCCUGCCGCUGCUGCUUGGGCGUAGUACUCGGCUUCGGAGAGGUGUUCAACCAACGGAUUUGCGCCAUCGUGGAGUACAGUCGGAUGGACGUGGGCUUGCAUCUCAGCGUUCAGCUGAACCAGCGCACAGUGGCAAACCUCGGGUUCUCGGCCCGCAAUCCACCUGAUUACUGCGUCCCGCUGCUGCUGCCUUUACCGCUGUUCAGUUGUCUACGGCUUUAUGAAAUCCGGACUAUUGGCGAGGGCAAUGUUCAAGUAUGCCUCUCGGUGGUUUUCAAGGUGCUGGUCAACCAAUUCUUUGAGUACAAAUUGAACUGCGUCCGAUUCGGAGCCAAUGGAGUGUACUUUGUGCGCGACGACGAUCUGCAGAAUGAUUCCCAGCACUCGGAGGUGGAGCUUGACCAGCGGGAAUUGAAAGCAGAAAACAAGCAAGGGAAUCUGCCCAAUGAUAAGCUGGUUCCGAGGAGUAACUUCGGGUUUUAUUCCAACUGA